AUGGGUCUUCCAACAUUCGGUAGUAGAAGCCCUGUCAAGAGGUUCUACCGCGUGGGAGAAAAGGUCACGUACACCUGCGACGAAGGGUACACUCUGGACUCCAGGCAUACCAGCAGAGUCAGGUGCCUCCAAGGGGGCAUCUGGCAAUAUGACAAGCCCAGUUGUUCAGUGGACAUCAAAGGUACACUGCAAGAUGACCUGCUCUACGGGUACAGUCCCAACCAGGCGCCUGAUGCUGACACAGCAAUCACCUUCAGUGGCACUGUGGAACAGAUCAUCGACCUGGACGAAAAGAAGGAGCUUCUUGUAGCCACUUUAGUCAUCGAAUUCACCUGGCAGGACAGCCGGCUGACGUGGUGGCCAGAGUACUACGGGAACAUCCAGACCCUCAGCGUGCGGGACAGCAGCAUCUGGACACCUACACUUACUCUGAAGAGGAAUGCCGAUGGUAAGUACCAAGGCUUGCAAAAGGGCGUACCGAUCCUGAUCAGACCCGAUGGUACUGUAACAUGGAGGGUGGAGACUCUGACAAGCACCAUCUGCGAUGCAAAGCCGUUCUUCUUCCCUGCUGACACCAUGGAAUGCCACAUCUGUUUCUCUGUGUCCUCUGCAAUAGAACAAACCAUAGAAUGCGGAGGGGGCAGUACCUGUGACGUCUGGUCUCCCCCACAACAGGAGGGCGAAUGGAAUCGGAAGGACAAGAUCUUCGCAGAAGGCAACAAGAAGGCGUGCUUCGCUGUUCACCUAGAGAGGAUCCCGCUGUUCCACAUCGCCACGACCGUUGGGCCCUGCAUCAUCCUGGUGGUGCUGAUGACCAUCACCUUUAUCAUGCCCAUAGACAGGGGAGACCGGAUCUCCUUCGGAGUGACCAUCCUGCUCUCCAUGGUCGUGUCUCUCGUGUUUGUCACGGAGGUACUUCCUGUGAAAGGGGCGCUGCCGUUUUUCGCCACGCUGAUCGUCGUCUGCAUGGGGCUGAUGGGACUUUUCCUGUUCUUCACCAUGUACAUCAUCAGCCUCCACGACAAGGAGGGGAGUCUGUCACCAAUGGCCAAGACUUUCUUUCUCCACUACAUGGCAAAGUUCCUGCUGCUCGGAGACCUCACAGAGAAGGAGGCUGGUCCGACCGGCGGGAAGCUGUCCUGGCCUGAGCGGGCCAACCGCGUGGUCCCUGCCGAUGACGUGGUCAAGGUCGACGGAGAGGAGACCACAGACAAUGUCUACGAAGACUUGGCGGAGACCGACGGAAAGAACCCGACCGAUGUCUUCGAAUUCGAUGGCAUGAUAAAAGUCGAGGUCGAGAGCCAAGAUCAAAUCUCCGAUGACGUAGUUAAGGUCGACGGAGAAACCCCAGCUGAUGUCUCCGGUACAACAGGCGACAUCCCUGCCGAAAACCCGUCCGGCCCGCCCACUCGCCUGGAGGCCGCCGUGGAAGAGCAGACCUCUUGCCUGCGUGACCUGAUUAGCAUCGUUCAGGAGCAGGCGGUGAAGUCCGAGCAGAAGGCGGAAGAGGUGAUCCACAGCCUGGAGGAGCUGGCCAAGGCGGUGAAGGGCGAUCAGGAAGUGUCCGAUUACACCCUGCUGACCAAGGUACUGGACAGGCUGUGCCUUGUCCUGUACGUCAUCAGCGUUGCUGUGGCCGUGCCCAUUUCCAUGUAUCUGGGCAAGUAA